UCUUUCACCCCAUGCUGGGAUGCUUUUCCUAGUCAUGCCUAAGGAGCCAGUUAUCAGGUUGUCUGAAGCAGAAGACUCUGGUAAAUCUAUUGGGACCCUGCGAGCGCUGCUGAGGACCCCACGACCCGAUCACGCUCCAGCCGGCACCGAGGGAUUCUCAGGGAGCCCAUCGGCGCCGUGACCCUCCGCCACUCACAACGUCCCCUGGAGAGAGAAAGUAAGAACCUGUUUGCCUUUGAGUGGGAAAAUCCAGGAAAUGGAAGAAAGACCUAGCUCACCUGGACACGGCUCCCACAAGGAUUCAAGAACAGUCCCACCCUGUUCGGAAACCAACUGGCGAAGGAGCUGGAGACCUGGACGACAAGAGGGCAAGUACUGAGAGAACAAUACCUGCUGCUACAGUAUGUAAACGAUAUACUGAUAGCCACAGAGGAGAAAGCAACCUGCAUAAAGGUAACAAUCGAGAUUUUAAAUUCAUUGGGAAUGGCAGGAUAUAAGUUAUCUAAAGAAAAAACACAAAUUGCCCAACAGACUGUGAUUUACCUGGGAUGUGAAAUUUCACAAGGGCAGCAAAAACUGGGUACUAACCAUAUUCAAGCUAUUUGUGCCAUUCCAGAGCCCCAGAAUCUACAUGAGCUGCGAGUCUUCCUUGGGAUGACAGGGUGGUGCCGCCUGUGGAUCAUGGACUAUGGACUAAUUGCAAAACCCCUGUAUGAGGCCCAGAAGACGCAGCCAUUUACCUGGGGCAAACCGCAGAAGGAGGCUUUCCUCAAACUAAAGGAGGCCUUGACAACUGCUCCUGCAUUGGAGUUACCUGAUUUGUCCAAAGAUUUUCAGCUGUCUGUACAUGAAAGGAUGCGUCUGGCAUUGGGUAUCUUAACCCAACGUUUGGGAAGUUGGAAAAGGCCGGUGGGCUACUUUUCCAAACAACUUGACAACAUCAGUGCUGGAUGGCCUUCAUGUCUGCCGGCAGUCGCAGCCACUGUGAUCCUGAUACAAGAAGCCAGGAAGCUCACCAUGGGAAGGCACAUAGAUGUCUGUGUACCACAUAUGGUAACUACUGUGUUGAAACAGAAAGGGGGCCAUUGGCUCUCCCUGAGUCGAAUGAUGAAAUUCCAGGUAAUCUUAACGGAGCAAGAUGAUGUAACAUUAAAAACAACUAACCUUUUGAACCCAGCCUUGUUCCUAGGUACAAGAUCUGAAGAAAGCCCAUUGGAACACAAUUGGGUGGAAGUACUAGAACACACCUGUGCAGCUAGAGCAGAUCUGAAAGAUGUCCCCCUAGAACAGCCAGACUGGGAGUUGUUCACAGAUGGAAGCAGUUUCAUGGAGAACGGAAUCAGACACGCUGGAUAUGCGGUAACAACAAUCAGUACAGUGGUAGAGGCAAAAGCAUUGUCACCAAAUACAUCCGCCCAGAAGGCAGAACUGGUUGCUUUAACCAGAGCACUAGAAUUAAGUGAAGGGAAAAAGGUGAACAUAUGGACUGAUUCAAAAUAUGCAUUUGGAGUAGUGCAUGUGCAUGGGGCCCUAUGGAAAGAACGGGGCCUGUUUUCAUCUCAAGGGAUGCACAUUAAACAUCAAGAUGCAGUUCUGGAGCUGAUAGAAGCAGUACAAAAACCUGAACAAGUGGCAAUUAUGCACUGUAAAGCACAUCAAUCAGGAAACUCCAAAAUUUGUGAGGGAAAUUUAAAGGCAGAUUGGACAGCUCGGCAGGCUGCUCGAAAGGUGCAAACAACAAUGGCAUUGGUCCCUUUAAAACUUAAUGUAUCUCAAUUCAAUUUACCUCCACAGCCAAAAUAUUCAGCAGAAGAUGAGAAAUUGGGACAUUUACUGAAUGCACAGAAGAAUCCAGAAGGGUGGUAUGUAAUUUUACACGGACAGAUUGUGGUACCCCCCUUGGUAAUGAGAGAGGUUCUACAAAUUAAACAUAACAAAUGUCAUUGGGGUGCAGAGGCAUUGGUAAAAUUUCUAAAACGUUAUUUGGUCUCAGUACGAAUGUUAACAAUGGCAAAAUCAAUAAUGUCAAAGUGUGAGAUUUGCUUGAAAAAUAACCCAGUGGCUAGAUGACAGGCACAACUAGGAAGGGUUCGGGUAGAGAUAGAACCAGGAGAUUAUUGGCAGGUAGAUUUCGUAGAAUUACCAAGAACUUGAGGAUACAAAUAUUUGUUAGUAGGGGUUGAUACAUUUUCUGGAUGGCCAGAAGCCCUUCCCUGUCGCACGAACCAAGCAAAAGAAACAGUUAAGUGGUUACUACAAGAAAUCAUUCCCAGAUUCGGGGUGCCUCUAGGGAUACCAUCAGACAGGGGACCCCAUUUCAUAAUCACGGUGGUAAAAGAAGUAAGUAGGUUGCUGGGAAUAACUUGGUACCUCCACACACCAUGGAGACCCCAGUCAAGUGGACAGGUGGAGAUGAUGAAUCAGAAACUAAAAAGGCAGAUCAGUAAAAUAUGUCAAGAAGCCAAACUGCAGUGGCCAAAGGCUUUACCAAUAGCAUUACUGAGAAUCCGGAUAAGGCCUAGGAGUGGGAUGUCAGUCAAUCCUUAUGAGAUAUUGUAUGGGAAACCAUAUGAAUCUCCUGGACCCAAUCAAAAUGUACACGUCACGGGAAAACAGGAAGUGUAUAACUAUGUUCUGUCUCUUGGGAAAACUUUAGCACGACUUCGGAGCACCCUCGUGUGGAAUAGGCCGCUGACUCUUGAGAAUCCAGUUCAUGACAUACAUCCAGGAGACGAGGUUUACAUUAAGAAUUGGAAUGAAGAACCACUGAAAGAAAAGUGGACUGGACCCCAUCAGGUACUACUGACCACCUUUACAGCAGUCAAGGUUGCUGGAGUGGACUCCUGGAUACACUACACUCGAGUGAAGAAAGUCCAUCCCGGACUGUGGACUGUGUAAACUGUGGGACCAACAAAGCUGCAGAUAAGAUGUGUUUAAUUGUUUCAGGAAUGUUAUCAGUAAUUGUACCAAUGCUCAUUUCAUGGUCCUUGGGAUGUGGAAUGCAAAAAGAUCAAUCAACCACUCUUCAUUCUGGAAUGAAGAGGGAGGUGCAGGCAGAAACACAGGUGAUAAAGGUUUCCAAUGCAAUUCGGGCUGAGAAUGUAAUGAUUGGAUUAGUUAAAGAUUUUGCUAAAAUGCAGAACACUAGCAGAAUAACUGCCUGUCUGCCAAUACCUAAGGCAGCGGGAGACCCAAUAAAUUGGGGAAUCAUAAUGACAAAACUGCCUGAAAUACAAAAGAACAAAACAAUUACAUGGAAACAGGUACCAGAAUCAAGACAGGUAAUCAAGGUAACCUGGAAAGUAAUAGGACAAUGGUUGCAUCCUUUGAGUCAACUAGACUGUCUUCAAAAUAAUGGCACAAGAGGAUAUCCAAUAGAAUGGGCAGGGGGCAUCCCAAAUCAAUGGCAAUGCUACUUACCACAUUAUAAAAAGGUUACAGAAAAUGUUACAGAAACCACUCUGGUGUGGAAGUGCGAGGCAAAAGAUCACAAAGGUCAAAUAGAGCCUUGGGGCAGUGGAUGGUCUCUGAGUAUACUUCAAAAAUUCCAGUAAAUGGCUACCAUUCCUUGGUGCAUUACAUGGGAAGGUUCAGAAAAUGAAACAGAUCCAGCAGUAGCGAACACUGACAUUAGUAGUAGAACAAAGGCAGACAAAGUAAUUUGGUGGGCAUGUAAUAAACCUUAUAAUUGCACUUCUGAUGACAUAGAAAUAAAACAAAUUCUACCACUGGCAGUAGCCUUACAAAUUGGUUGUGCCUGCAGAGGUAUUAAACACAAACAGGGUAAAGUGAAUUAUAAAAUACUUAUAGGAUGUACCAAGAGUACACUCCAAGGUCCAGGACAAUUUGUAUGGGCAACAAGUGAUGGUACCUGGACAACCCAUCUACCUGUAGAUGGGAAAGUAAAAGAAAUUACUUUAGGCCUCCCUACUUUGUGUCCAAUUUGGAAAAAGUCCCCAUUUAAGGGAAAACACGAACUUCUGCAGAUAAGAGCAAGAUGAGAAGUUCCAGAUAAUGAAAAUAAAGAUGAAACCUGGCAAGAACCCUCUAGUGGAGUGAAAUUUGGGUGGGCCUUAGAGUCUUCGCUUGGUCCCAUAGCAAACUAUCAGAAUAAAGAAAUAUUGUACAAACUUACAGGUCAGGUAGAUAGACUGGCUAGGGUCACUAGGGACCGAUUUAAAGAACUAAAUGUACAAUUACAAGCCACCACAAAAAUGACCUUACAAAAUUGAUUGGCCUUAGAUUUGUUACUUCUGAAAGAGCAUGGAGUGUGUGGAUUUUUAAAGGGACAGAUUGAUCAUUGCUGCAUCCACAUCCCAAAUGUAACUGCAGAUGUAGAAUAUGACAUCAAUCAGUUAGAACAAAUAGAGCAUGAAGUACAAGAAGAGUAGAAAGAUUUGACUAUGAGCUGGUUAGACAAAGUCUUCAAAGGGUUAGGGUGGAAUGUGAGUUCAUGGAUUAAGUCUAUCAUUGAGAGUGUAAUAAUCCUAUUAAUUGUGUUUUUAGUAAUUUGGUUAGUCUACGGUGUCCUAAAAGGAGAAAUACGGAAGAGGACAUCCUGGAACUGGAAAAUAAUCAAGGCACUGACAUGGGAUCCACACCCAUCAUCCUCUGAUCCUCCAGUCCAUGACAACGUUCACGUCAAUCCUGGAUUUGAAGAACAUCAUGUAUAAACUUAGAGACUAAAGACUGUAUCAAGUGAAAGUAUUUGCACUUAUGAUGAAGUGAAAAUACUUUCAAAGGGGGGAAAAUGAUAGUAAAAGGGUUUUAAAAUCAUGGGGAUUUAGGGUUAACAGGAAA